GACUAACCAACAUUUGUUGAGAAUGAAUCGUGGCGUGCGGUUGUGCUUCACGUGAACGCUGGUCGAAAGGCAAAUUGGAAGCAACAACUAAAGCAGUGUAGACAAAAACAAAAUUCAAGAUAUUAAAGUGUAUUUGUAGAAGCAGUGGUGUAGCAAAAUGCGAAAUUCCUCGCCUACGUCAUGUAGGCGACUUACCUUCAAUCGGAAUAUGGCGCUACUUCCCGCCCUUCUACUACACGUAUACCUGCUACUACAGUUGAGCAUGCGCAGUGCGCACGGCCAAACGCAAAAUCAACCGCCACACUUCGUGCCCGGCAGUGGUGAUAUGUCACGUUUCAGCCUGCUCGAGAACACGCCAGUCGGCAGCCCGAUCUAUCAGUUGCGCGGUAUCGACCCAGAGGGCAGCCGCUUAAAGUACAGCAUAUCUGGGCCAGUGUUCUCAGUUGACCGUGAAACAGGUGUUGUGCGCCUGCGACAAGAACUUGAUCGCGAAACGCAAGACACCAUUGAAGUGAUCAUUAGCAUUACAGAUGAGGGCAUCUAUGGCACUGAACCGAAUACGGUCUCGCUGCGACGGGAAAUUCCAGUGCGCGAUUACAAUGACAAUCAUCCGACCUUCAUUGGGCGUCCCUAUUCGUCAAGUGUUAGCGAAUCGCUGGAGGUGGGUGGUGAAUUGGAAAUCAAGCCACGUAUUAUUGCGAUCGAUCGUGAUGAGGGUAUCAAUGCAGUUUUGACAAUCAAAUGUGUGCAGGAAAACGAUAUCUGUGAUACCUUCGAUGUGCGCGCGGAACGCAUUGCCGAUGGAAAUUACACUGCGCGCGUUACGCUAAAGAAGCCAUUAGAUUACGAGAGCCGCCCGUCAUACAUAAUGACUGUGGCGGCUUCUGACGGCGCUUUGGACAAUCGAUUAACCUCAUUCGCCAGCGUUUCGAUCACCGUAAUCGAUGUACAAGAUCAACCACCGAUCUUCACGAAUGCUCCAUACUCUGCUACGGUUGCGGAGAAUACAGCAGCUGAUGUUAACGUUUUAACCAUUAAGGCGAUUGACGGUGAUGUUGGCAUACCACGUGAUAUCACGCUUUCGCUUGACGAUGAGAUAUUCGGACAUUUCAAAUUGGAGCCAUUCGGCGACCCAAAAGAGGGCACAGCUGUAUUGAAAACCACAAAUGUACCUUUGGAUCGUGAGAAACCAGAGAUAUUACAAAAUGGUGGCGUUUAUGUGUUUACCGUACGCGCCACUGAACUAGUCGAUGGCCAGCCACAAGCAGACUACUCUACUACUCGUGUUACGAUCGUUGUCACCGAUGUAGAUGAUCACAUACCAGAGUUCAAUGAGAAUUUCUUUAACAUCUCCAUACCAGAAAAUUUGGAAAAAGGUAUGGCACUGCCAGGUUUAUCGGUAUUUGUGGACGAUCGUGAUAUGGCUGAGAAUAGCCGUUACGAAUUGACGUUGCGUGAUGUCAAAAAUUCGAAAGGAAUUUUCGCAGUUAGUCCUCGGGAAGCGCAAGGGCGCACACCUGUGGUCGUACGUAUAUUAAAUUCCACGAAACUCGAUUAUGAUGUUGAGGAUCCGGAGCUGCGACAGUUUGACUUUGAGUUGGUAGCUUCAGUGAAUGGCGAGGAAAAAUCUAAAGCGAGGGUGCAAGUCAACCUGCAAGACAUCAAUGAUAAUUCUCCCAUCUUCGAACAAAAUACUUAUCGUUUCGUUGUACCGGAAAACGCUACAAUCAAUGAAGAGUUCGGUGUAUUCAAGGCUACCGAUAAAGACUCAAAUGAGUUUGGUAAAAUAUCUUAUUUGUUGAAAGGCUUUGGUUCGGACAACUUUUACGUGCAUCCCGAAACGGGUGGCUUCCAUGUGCUGAAAUCAUUGGAUUACGAGAAGCAAAACAGUUACAGUUUAACUGUAGUAGCUAUGGAUGGUGGUGGCCGCGAGUCGAAUGCAAUCCUCUACGUAGAUGUGUUGGAUGUCAAUGACAACUAUCCGAUAUUCGAAAGUGAUGAAUAUACGCGCAUUAUACGUGAGGGUACUGCAACUUUCGAGCCACAGUUCUUCAUACGCGCACAUGAUUACGAUGGGCCCACGCAGGGCGGUGGACGUGUCAAAUAUGCGAUUGUCUCUGAGAACAGUAUUUCCGGAAAUGUCUUCCAGAUAGAUGAAGACACGGGCGAGAUAACGUUGCAUAAAGUUGCAAAAUCUAUGGACACGGAACGUGGCGAAUACGAGUUGGUUAUCUCGGCAACCGACUUUGGCGUUCCUCCAUUAAUCAAUACAACACGCGUCUUAAUACGGGUUGGCAUUAGCGGUAAUCAACGCCCCAUAUUCAAGGGGCAUUUCCAAAACAUCGAAAACGUGCCUGUACUUGGUCCACCGAGUUACCGCGUUUCAAUACCGGAAAAUGCUCCUGCUGGCUAUAAUGUUACCACAGUUUCGGCACAUGAUCCGGAUGGACUCGAUGAACUGCUGAGAUAUCGUAUUGUGGGAGCAAACGAUAAUUUCGAAAUUGAUGAAGUCACCGGUCUUAUUACAGUUUCUUUGCAUGCACACAUCGAUCGCGAUGCCAACAUGGAUAGUUUUGAGAUAACUGUAAACGCUGUAGAUGCUGGCAUGCCCAUUCCUGAAACCGCCACCACAACAGUCUAUGUAAAUAUUAAAGAUAUAAAUGACGAAAAGCCAAAGUUCGAACACGCCAGCUAUGCGGGUUACGUCUCUGAACGCACCGCAGUGGGUGAGAGUAUACUCAAAGUACGUGCAAUCGAUAAGGAUCUCUAUUCUAAGCUGGAAUAUAGCAUAACCGGUGUCGUGAGAGCUACCACCAAAGCCGGUGUCAGUAUAGCGAAUCGCAGCAGUUACAAGUCCGAGGAAGCUUUCCGCAUCGAUAGUGUGACUGGUGAAAUAUUUGUGAAUAGUACGUUGCGUCAUGAUGUUGCCGCUGUGGUCACAUUCACCGUGCAAGUUCGUGACCUCAAUGCAGAAGUGGAUCCAGAGGGGCAGAUCGAUACAACUGAAAUAACAAUUUAUGUGCAAUCCUUCAAAGACACAAAUCCAGUAUUUAAAAACAAAGGCUGGAGUAGUUCGAAACCAGUGAUACAUAUAAUCGUGAAGGAGGAAAUGCCCAUCGAUAGUGCGCUUUUCAUACUUCAAGCCGAUGACCCUGUCACACAUACGGCGAUUACAAGUUUCCAGCUGGUUGAACCCACCGAACUAGAAUACUUCCAAAUUAAUGAGCGCAGUGGGGAAAUCAUACUCAAGAAGCGUUUGGAUUAUGAAGGGCUCGAAGUUGGUGAAACGGAAUUCGAUUUUCAGGUGAAAGCCACUUCAGCCGAUGGACAACGUAUAACUAUUACCAGAGUUAAUAUAACAAUAGAAAACGUUAACGACAAUAGUCCCACAUUCGAGGCGCCAGCAUACAAAGCCACAAUCAUAGAAAAUAAAAUGCAUCCUGAAAAAGUAGUGCACGUCAAGGCCUACGAUAAAGAUGCAGCGUUAAAUGAGCGCGAUGCACGACUCGGCUAUCACAAGAUCAUCUAUUCAUUGCAGGGCGAAUAUGCUGAACUCUUUCAGAUAAACAGCACUACUGGUGAAAUCGUGGUAGCCGCAAAUCAAACGAUUGAUCGCGAGCGCACACCACACAUACACCUACAAGUGAAGGCAGAAGACUCACCCGGUGCGCCGACCGAUGCCAAACAAAGUACCGUCGAGCUAACAAUAGAUGUGUUGGAUGUCAACGACAAUACGCCAGAAUUCAGCCAGCGCAACUAUACAGGGGUAAUACCGGAAAAUGCGCCUAUAGAUGCAUUCGUGCUGAAAGUAUACGCUAACGAUCCGGACGAUGGACCAGGCGGUGAAGUGCGCUAUGAGUUGCUGGAUGAGGGUGAUGCAAACGAUUUGUUUAAGAUAAAUGCGGAAAGUGGGGAACUAAAGACAAAACGUGAGCUGACUGGUAAGGGUCGUUCACAACCUUAUGAGUUGGUAGUACGGGCACAAGAUAACGGCAAUCAGGUGCCGAAGCAGGAGUCGCUGUCCAAUGAUGUGUCAGUCAUUGUCUAUAUAGGUGAUGUGAGUGCAAAUGAUGGCAUACCAUACUUUGUGGCACCCAAAGUGGGACAAAUGGCGAAUGUAACAGAGAACUCACCAAUCGGUGCGCCGGUAUUUCAAGUUGUAGCUAGUGAUCCCGACAAUCCAAACACGCCUUCGGGCAUGCUGUCCUAUACAAUUUUGCAGGAUACACCAGACGCUGAAGCGUUUGCAAUUGACGAAAAAACCGGGCUUAUAACGACUCGACAGAUCUUGGAUCGCGAAGAAAAAGAUUUAUACAAUAUAAUAUUGGAAGUUUCGGAUGAUGGUCUGCCACGGCAGUCGGUAACACGCAUACUACAGAUUACGGUGUUGGAUGUAGACGAUCACGAACCACAUUUUGUCCGAGAAAUUGAUGCAGUGCCUGUGCUCUUCAGCAUUCUUGAAGAGGAGCCUGAAGGCACUACUGCUGGCAAUGUAAGCGCUAUCGACGAGGAUGUGGGUGAUAAUGCACUCAUCGAUUAUGCAAUAAUCGAAGGCAAUAACGAAGACGUGUUCACCAUCGAACGUACCAAGGAAAAUGUGGCUGUUAUUAAGACCACAAAACCGAUUGACAGAGAAUCAGUGGACGCGUAUACGUUAACGGUGAAGUGUUUAAAAUAUGGUGCACCUAACUACCAAUUCAUUGGGGACGAAUAUGAGCGUAAUGAUCUCUCACUCAUUCAAAUCACUAUCAAAGUGAUCGACAUAGAUGACAAUUUGCUGCAAUUCGCUCAUAAGGACGCAUCCAUUGGCAUACGUAUAAAUGUGCCCGUCGAUACCGUUAUCACAACGGUGCAAGCAAGCGAUCGCGAUGCUGAAGCUCAACCGGUGGUCUACUCCAUCGACAAUGUUACCUUCGUGCCACAAUUUUAUAAGCGCACGCGCAAAAUCGACUCCAGACCACUGAAGAACCUCUUCACACUCAACAAUCAAACGGGCGAGCUGCGUACGGGUGGCUCAUUCGCCGACUACGUAGAUGGGUACUUCCACAUGAAGAUACGCGCCAAUAAUUCGGAACGUACAAAACGGCAUACUUUUAACAACUUGAAGAUUUUCGUUAUACGUGACAAAUCAUUAUUGAAAUUUGUUUUUGCGCGCCCGCCAGCCGAGAUACAAAGCAUUAUACGGCCAUUCCAGGAGAAGCUGCAACAGAAAUUGAAACCGCUCAACUUAGAAUUGCACAUACUUGAUACGCAGGUGCUGACGCGCGCCGAUUACACACUGGACUUUACAGCAACAAGCUCCUGCUUCCAAGUAUUCAAAAAUGGCGCGGCAAUCUCGUUGCAGGAGAUGCACAAACUAAUGCAUUCCGAACAGAUGAAACAAGAAUUGUUCGAUGUGUAUGUGGAGUAUGGCGUGAGUGAGGUGGAAAUGUGUUCGGUGCGAAAGUUCCCAGUGGCGGCGAAUUUGAUGACCUCGGCGGGCACGUGGCUAGUCAUACUUGCGGCCUUUAUUGGGCUUGCAGCCAUUGUGGCGGCGUGUACGGCGUGUUGUCUGAAGAAGAAAUAUAAAAAACACUCAAAACGUAGCUUGCAAGCGUCACGCGCACCCACCGAACCAUAUACGGUGGGUAUGGGUGUGCCCACGCUCUACUACUCGGAGCCCAUCUACGGCCAAUUGUCAUAGCAGCCAAUCAUUUGGAAUAUUAAUUAGAUUAGCGCUUAGAGACAGAUAUGAGAUUAGUUUUAAGCGUAAAUUUUUUAAUGUAUUUUAGUUGUAAUGCAUCUAAGUCUUUUAAGUCUCUAUUCAUACGGUUAGUGACCAAGACUGCGCAUAUUAUUUAUUUAAUGAACUAAGUCGAGUUGUAAAAAUUAAUAAUAUGCCUGUGAUUUAAUGUUUAUAUACGAGCACAUAAAUAUUGUGUUAUCGUCAAGAUUUUUCUACUAUGCAAUUCACGCAAAAGAAGCGGAAAAAUCUUCAAAGUGUAAAUAAGUCCGCUGAGUUAAUUAAGGAAAGAAAUAAAAAAAUUUAGAUUUGUACAAAAAUAACUUUUUUUUUUUGAUAACUAGUCUUCUUUAUUGUU